AUGGAUCUGGUUAAGACUGUUGAGUGGGGUAGAAAAGAGAAUGUUAAUCUCUUGCGUGCCAUUGUUUUGAGCAAUGUUCCUUUAUGCACUAGUGAUGACACUAUUGGGAAAGUGUUAAAUACCGUCAAAGUUUUUGGUCGCACAAAAAUAUGUAGCCGUCGUGGUGAUGUAACUGGUAGAUUGUUGUUCAUUCUAGUGGAGGCCAGUGCUGAUUUAGAACCAGAUGUGAUACCUCCCAAGAUAGGCAUAGAAAAUGAGGUUGGGCCCUGGAGCGUCCACUUAGUGCGCAGUCUAGUAGCUCAAAAUCCGGCCCCUGAAGGUGAUCCCUUUCAGCUCAAACUGCAGGCAUUGUUGCAGCAGGAGGGUAAGUCUAUGGAUGAAGUGCGGGCAUUGAUCAUGGGAAAACAGUCUCCCACAUCUGAUCUCAGUGUGGACCUUGUUGAUGCUAUAGAAAAAUUAGUAGAUCGGUGCAACCAAGUUCCCAAUGAUAGUCCCGGCUAUAGAAAACUAAGAUUGUUUUCUGGGCUGAAACCUGUCCCUCCAGGUGAAGAGGAGUAUGAAAUCUGGAUGGAACAGGCUGCACAAAUGAUAAGUGAAUGGCAGUGCCCUGAAGCUGCAAAGAAACAACGUGUCGUAGAAAGUUUACGAGGCCCUGCGGCUGAUAUGGUCAGGUUUCUAAAAGUGCGUAAUCCAUCUGCGACUGCAGAUGAGUACUUAGCUGCCCUUGAGACCGCAUAUGGAACUACGGAGAGUGGAUUUGACCUUAUGGCUACGUUUCGUCACACUUACCAGGAAAGUGGAGAGAAACUUUCAGUUUUCCUGUAUCGCCUAGACAAACUUCUCCACAAAGCAUUGUUAAAGGGUGGGAUUGAUGCAGUCGGCAUCAAUAGAGCUAGAAUGGAACAGCUAAUUAAGGGUGCACUUACCAAUGAUAUGGUUGCGUUGCAAUUAGAAUGA